AUCGAAAUCCAUUUCUCCAUAUCUGGGUUGUUUGUUGAUCUCGAACCGGUUAGUUGUUCCAAUACUGGUUUUGGGACUUGCACACCAACUGUUCGAGGGUUUGUCUCAUUGAAAUAAAAGCACCGUCUUUAUUUAUUAAUCGAUGAUUAAAAGAUCCAUAAUAGCGUGGCCAUCUUCUGCAACCAGAUGUCAAAAAUCGGAUUCUAUGUUAGUUUCAGUGCGGCAAAUAAUGGAGGAAAAAGAAGAAAUAUACCAUAGGGACUAUCAACUUGACAAAGUAAGGACUUGCAAAAAGCCAUCUUUAAUUCUUCAGCUAAAGUCCAUCAUCCAAUCUCAAAAGCAUCAAUGUCUUCUUCUCCGUGACCUUGAAAAGGAAGUUGGGUUUGUGGCAAAAUGGAACUUCAUGCCCAUCAUUGAGAAGUACCCUUCAAUAUUCCGUGUUGGUGGUGGUAGUGGAAAAGAACUCCCUUUUGUUACACUAACCGGAAAAGCCGAAAAGAUUGCUAGAGAAGAGGGUGAAGCUAGGAAUUUAAUGGAACCCAUUUUGGUUAAAAAUCUAAGGACGUUGUUAAUGUUGUCUAUUGAUUGUAGGGUGCCAUUGGAAAAAGUUGAAUUAAUCGGAAAUGAACUUGGCCUGCCCCAGGACUUUAAAAAGUCACUGAUCUUCAAAUAUCCCGACUACUUUUCGAUCAAAGAUAUCAAUGGUAGAGCUUAUCUUAACUUGGAGAGCUGGGAUUCUUCACUGGCAAUGACUGCUCGUGAAGAGAGAUUAGCACGCGAAGGGAUGUUGCAGUCUGCUGGUGGUCAAAAGAAGAUUAGGAUCAUGAAAGAUGGUAACUACCUUGGUCCAUUUGCUUUUAAAAUGUGUUAUGCUGCUGGUUUUAGACCGAAUAAUAGUUAUCUUGAGGAGCUUCAGAAGUGGCAGAAAAUGGAAUUUCCUUCUCCAUAUUUGGAUGGGAGGAGAUUCGAAUUCGCAGAUCCGAAAUCCCGAAAAAGAAUGGUGGCCGUACUUCAUGAACUCCUCAGUUUAACUAUGGAGAAGAGGAUGGUUUCAGCAAAAUUGGAUGCAUUUCAUUCAGAAUACCGACUACCGUCCAAGUUAUUGCUAUGUUUGAUAAAGCACCACGGCAUCUUUUACAUUACAAAUAAAGGUGCAAGGAGCACUGUAUUUCUUAAAGAAGCUUAUGGUGGUACAAUAUUGGUAGACAAAUGCCCUAUCUUGAUGUUUAAUGAUAAGUUUAUUGCACUUAGCGGUAGAAACGAGAUCAGUCAUGUAACAAUAUGAAUUCUUCAGAGGUUGUUACUUAACA